UUAAUAAAAAUUGUUGUGCAAAGUUUAUUAGAAUAUAAAAAAAAGUAAAUAGACAAAUCUAUUCUUGGGAAAAGUGUAAUUAUGCACAAGCAAUUAUUGAACUCUUCCCAAAUUUAAAAAACUGUGAAGGUGAUCUUGGCUAUGAACACUUUUAUAAUCCUAAAACUGGGACUGGAUAUAUUGCUUCACGUUUAUCAAAUGUACAACGAAAGGGAAGCAUCUCAAAAGUAAUUGUGGAUAACAAACAAAAAGAAAAUAUUGAUAAUAAUAUAACAACUGAGUCUGUUGAUGAAUCGGACAUCAUUAAAGAUUCAAUCAAUUUUAUGAAACAUGCAACAUUAGAACAGAAAGACCAGAUUAUAGAGAAAACUAAAAAAACUUUUAAAGUUCGUCGAUAUUUAUAUUUAAAUGAGAAUUUUUUUAACGUAUUUCCAAGAUUUUUGGAUAUGCCUGAACUGAUUGGUGUAGAAUUUAAUCUACUUUUUUCUGAAAUUGAUCCAGAUAGAUUUUGUAAGAUAUAUCCACAAUAUAUCGAUGCUAUUUUGUCAGUUUUUGAAACUAAAAAAAAUAAAAUUCCUCUUGAAUGGAAUCUUAUUACUAACUCAUUUAUUGCCUUGGCACUAUUAUUACCACCAACAGCAAGAGGAAAAAAAUUAGCUACAAGAGAUAAAACAAAUAAUAUAAUUAGAAAAUUGAUUGUUUUUGUACAGAAUGGGACACCCUUGCGUUCAAAUGAAAACGUAAAUCAACCAAGAAUUAUUGUUGUUGGUCCUAAUAAAAUAGCACCUGAACAAUAUUUUCUUAAAAUGGACAGGAAAUUUAUUUUAUUACCAACGAACGAUAUUAUUAAAUCAAUUGAUUACCUUUUCAAGGCUCACUAUGCUUUUCAUGUAGAAUUUGAGAACGAUCUUAAAAAUUUUUGGAUUUUUCUGCAACACUAUUUCUACACGAUUCCAAGUAAAUGUACGAGUAAAGUGAUUGAAGUACACACGAAACUUGAGGUAACAAAAUCAAAUUAUUGUUAAAUUAAAGGUACUA